CGACUACCGUACAAUGCGCAUAAGGAGUGCACAUUAGCAACGAUAGGGACAGGGUACGCUGCAAAAUUGGCGCGUGAUGCGAUGGGACGCUGCUUCCAUUCAUAUUUGAUUCUUUGAAUAGACAGAAAUGGAAACGUCUUUGUGCUUCUUCUGUUUUAAUGAGAUUGCAAGUUUGUUUAAAUAUGGAACGACCAAUUCCAUCCCAGAGGGUGAAUAAAAGAGCAGGGGAGGAAGAUGAUGGUAAUAUAGGGAGGAAAUAUAAAUUUAAAAUUCUAUUGCCAAAUGGGGCUAGUGUUGAACUAACUCUAUGGGAUCCCUUCCUCCAAAUGCCCUUUAAAGACUUCAUUCAGUUGGUGAAAGGUGAAUAUUUUCGGGCUUGGCAGGAAUGCAAAUCAAUGAGGCAGAAAAGAACAAUAAAUUGGAAUAACGAAAGGCUGUACCUUGAAGAUGCAUACGGGAAUAAAAUAAUAAAUAUAAUGGACUUUGAGAAGUUCAAGCCACAUAAGUACCAUAUUUUGCGGCUGUAUGAUGGGUCUAGUGAGAUUUCAGAUACUUUUGAGGGCAUGUGGGAUUUGACACCAAAUACUGAGUUAUUAAUGGAACUGCCAGAAGAAUACACUUUUGAAACUGCUCUUGCAGAUUUGAUUGAUAAUUCUUUACAAGCCGUAUGGACCAACUGUGAAAGUGAUAGGAGAUUAAUUAGUGUGGAUAUUUCGGAGGAUAAAAUUUCAAUUUUUGACACUGGCCCAGGAAUGGAUAGCAGUGAAGAAAACUCUAUAGUUAAGUGGGGGAAGAUGGGUGCUUCACUUAACAGGACAUCCAAACAACGUGCUAUAGGAGGCAAACCUCCAUAUUUAAGGCCCUUUUUUGGCAUGUUUGGAUAUGGAGGACCUGUUGCAUCUAUGCAUCUAGGAAGGCGUGCCAUAGUUUCUUCAAAGACAAAAGUGUCUAAUAAAGUCUUUACAUUGCAUCUUGAGAGAGAUGCUCUACUCAAGUGUUCAGAUUCUGAACUUACUUGGCGGACUAAUGGUGGCAUUAGGGCUCCUUCAGAAGAUGAAAGCAAAGAAUCACCUCAUGGAAGUUUUACAAAGGUGGAAAUAUUUGAGCCAAAGCUAAUAAGAUCAAACAAGUUUCAACUACAAUGCAAGCUAAAGGACAUCUACUUCCCAUAUAUUCAGUGUGAUGAAGUAUCUAAGACGGGGAAGACCACCACACCAAUUGAAUUCCAGGUUAGUGGUGUAGACUUAGCUGAAAUUGCAGGUGGGGAGGUUGCAAUAACAAACAUGCAUUCUUGCAACGGUCCUGAGUUUGUUUUACAGCUUCACUUUUCCCUUAAACUUGGUUGUUCUUCAGCCAAGAGUCCUGGUUCAUGGAAAUCUCAAGAAGCAAAUGCACGCCUAAAAUGUGUUUAUUUUCCGGUUACGGAGGGGGGAGAGAGCAUUGAUAUGAUUUUAGAUAAGUUAAAUUCUGAAGGAUGUGGAGUUCUGGAAAACUAUGAAACUUUCAGUCGUGUUACUAUCCGUCGUCUGGGUCGACUUCUUCCAGAUGCUCGCUGGCCGUGGCUUCCCUUUAUGGAUUUGAGGCAGAAAAAAGGGGAUAAGGCCCACCUAUUGAAGAGAUGUUGCUUAAGAGUAAAAUGCUUCAUUGAUACUGAUGCUGGUUUUAAUCCAAAGCCUUCUAAGACUGAUUUAGCACACCAGAAUCCAUUUACCAUAUCUUUGAAGAAUUUUGGUGUUAAGACUCUUAAUGAAGACAAAGAUAUCAAUAUUGAAAUUUAUAGAGAUGGAAAACUAUUAUCGCCCCUGCAUCUGGAAAAGGACUAUCAAGACUGGCUUCUGCAGAUGCAUGAUCAUUAUGAUGAAGAAGUUAAUUUUGGAGCAGAUCAACCAAUUUUUAUCAUCAGCCCCAAAAACAAAAGGUCACUGGGCAUUUCAUCUGAUGUUGCAAGGGUGCAUGAAGUACUAAAACGGAAGGGUUUAACAUGGAGAAGAGGCCAAAGAGUUAAGAUUUUCAAGGGAGCUUGUGCUGGAGUUCAUAACAACAAUGUCUAUGCAACUAUAGAAUAUUUUUUAAUUGAAGGACUUCAAGGCGAAGCUGCUGGUGAUGCUCGAAUUAUAUGCAGGCCAAUAAGUCUCAUGGAAAAGGAAGGAUGUGUCCUUGUGAAGAACAAAGAGACUGUCCGCCUGGAUAUUUUUGGCUCCUUAUCUUUACCUAUUGGCAUAAUUGAUUCUGGAAAGUGUGUACGUAUUGACAAUAGUGAUUGGGAACGGCAACUAGUAAAGCAACGUCAGAAGGCUCCUGCUUUUAUUGACUUGUUGAAUUCGACCCAAUGUCGAGAGUUAGAUGUUGAUGGGGAAUUACCUCUCAGAGCUAAAGCUGGAGAAGUCCCUCCUGGAGAAAUUGUGGCUGUUGUUCGGCCUGCCAAUGUUGUCUCUUCUAGUGCUUCAAAGAAGUUGGACCAAAGGCACAUUGUUAAGGAUAAUUUAGAGAUGAUCAUGGAGGUCAAAUUCGCAGGUGAAGGGAAGAAUCUUCAAAAGGUUAUCACCAUCUACACAGCUCGUGUGCCACCUACUUCUAGGAAUGGGUAUCAAGGUUUAUAUAUAUUUGAAUUGGGUUGCAAGUUACCUAAUUUCUUUCAGGAUGUUGGGAUGUAUAAGUUUUCGUUUCACCUUCCCCAGUCAAGCUGUAAGAGUUGUGAGAGACAGGUGGUAGUGAAGGGAUCUUCAAAGGUUGGAAAUUGGAGAUUGUUGAGUAGUAAACAGAGCCCAGGGUUCCGUGUUAGAGUUGGUUCGUGUUUUCCACCUUUAUCUAUAGCGUGCUAUGACGUCUAUGAUAAUAGGAUUCCAUUUACAUCUGUUACGGGGGUGAAUGUCAAACUUAAUACAAGCAUGGGUGUGAAUGUACAUGUAGACAAGUUCAAGAUAGACCUUUCAGCUGAUGAAUUGACUCUUCAUAUUGAGGAUAUUCUGAUCAAAAGCUGUGAGUUGGACAAGAUCAGGCCACAUUAUGAGGCCACCUUGGUGAUAUCAUCACAAGAUGAAUUGGUGUCACUGUCAAUUCCAUGUCAAGUUAUUCCUGGAGCUCUGAAGCAUGUAACUGUCCAAUCACCAAAUUUCGGGAACAAUUUGCUUCCGGGCUCUGUGGUUAAGCAGCUUAAAUUUAUGAUGUUUGAUGCAUACAAAAAUCAUGUCAACAAAGGUUUGGAGGUUGAGUUUAGCUUGGAUGGAUUUUGGAUUGAAGACCAAUCAGGCGUAAAGCGUAAGGUGGACAAUUAUGGAAGUAUUGACCUUAGCGGCCUCUUGAAAGUAACAGCUGGUUAUGGAAAAAGUGUAUCACUUUCUAUUUUAUCCGAUGAUGAAGUUGUUUUUAAACAAGAGUUUCAAACUCAGAAAAGGGAGCUGAGAAUUGUAUCUGGGAAUCAGGUGCCUGAAUGUUGUCCUGCUGGUUCUCAACUCGAAAAUGUAGUUUUUGAGGUUGUGGAUUCUAAGGGCAAUAUUGAUGUAACAAUUCAUGAUAAUGAGAAAGGUGGCCAAUCCCAUACACUCACAAUAAGGCCAGAACAUAUUGGCACAGAAGAUUCAAUUCGAUAUGCUUUCAGGCAUGGGCGCUGCACUGUUCCUACUAUUCCCCUUCCUCAGUGUGAGGAGUACUUUUGUUUUGUAGCUGUGCAUUCUCGUUACACAGAGGUACAUCUAAACGUUAAGGUUCCACUAAUGCAAAAUCCAAAAACAGAGUCCAGUGAGGUACCCUCAUAUUCUGAUGGAAAGUUACUGCUUCUUGAGGGCUCAGCUCCCUUCAAACAUGUAGGAAACCUCAUGGUGUCCAUCAUAGAGACUGAGAAGGAACUUGAGAGUGAAAUUUGCAAAUAUGGUCGUCGAAUCAAGAAGUAUGAAACGGCCUUGAAAGUUGUUAAUGAUCAAAUGACAGAAGUUGAGCAAGUCUUGUCUCAAUUGCAAGCUUCAACUGAACCUCACAUUUUGAGUGAUCCAUACUGGCUUACGAAAGAGGAAAUGUCGAGACAGAUUCAAAGCAAGGGUCAAUCCGCAUCUGCUGUCCUAUGUUGUGGGGGUCCACUCCAUGAAUCAAGGACUGAUUUCAUGGAAGAUAUAGUCGGUGUUGUAGCACUUAUUGGAAAAGCUUGGACCAGAAACCUUAGCAGGAUAUUAGCGGAGUACUUGGGUGAAGAUCAAAUGCUUGCUUUGGUCUGCAGAUCCUUCAGAGCGGCAUGUGCUCUUGAGGAGUAUGAACGAAAUGGGGAAAUUGAUUUUUCACUUGGACUACAUGGAAAAGCAGCUGCUCAUGGAAAGUCUAUAGUUGGCCGAUUUCUUGUUAUAUGCCUUGAGGAUAUAAGGCCCUACACAGGGGAGUUGGAUGGCAGUGACCCUCAGAGGAGACUAGUUUUGCCAGAUCCUAUUUUACCAUGUGGGAACGAUCCACCGGGAUUUAUGGGGUAUGCAGUUAAUAUGGUUGACCUAGAUGAGGUUCAUGUUUACACGAGGACAGAUGCAGGUCAUGGUCUUAGGGAGACUUUAUUCUACCGACUCUUCAGUGAGCUUCAAGUUUAUAGAACCCGUGAAGACAUGAUAGAGGCUCGUGCUUGUAUAAAGCAAGGUGCUGUAUCUCUAGAUGGUGGGAUUUUGAAAGAGAAUGGAUUUAUUUCUCUGGGAAACGGGAAUCCAACAAUAUGCUUUCCAGUUGUUGGGCAUGUAGAGUUGCUUCCAUCUUCUGCAAGUAUGGAAAAGUUGAACCAAAGUAAACAAAAGAAAUCGGAGUUAGGUGAGCUUAGUUUCUUAAAAGAGAAAUAUACUAAGGCUCUUGAGAAAGCUUUUAAGAAGUUUAAUAAUAAAAAAGAAAAGUAUAAGCAACAUAUGGAUGAAAUCAGUCCAAAGUUAAGAGACUACUUGGAAUGUGGAAAAUCAGAGAAACAUAGUUGAGAAAUCUAUAGUCAGAAAAAGUAUACAUGUUUGUGGAUAGCCAUAGAACCAUAGCACAGGAGGGAAAAUUUACAGUUGUGAAUGCCGUAGAAAUGAAAGAUUAGUUUGGAAUAUUUUAAGGGUUUAUGCCAUAGAAAUAAUAGAUCAAACUCCAAUCGACCAAAACAGCUUGGAAAGUUGUUGGCAGUUUUCCUAUCAGUACAUCCUUCGCAUUUAAUCUUAAAUUGUUACUUUCUUUUAAUACAAGCACCGAGUAAUUUGUGUAACAGUAGAGUGUAGUGUUUGUUUUGGUAUUUGAUGAUUUGCAUUUGGAUGAUGAUCUUCUGCAUUUGUGGUUUUGAUAUAUUAUGUCAUAGUGUCAAUAUUUAUUUUUGUGUCAUCAA